UCGCCCAGGUGGGAGCUUGUGGAGAGGACGAUGGCGGCGCCUGCUGCCGACUUGGAGCUGGGAGAUGCCGAGUUGCUUUCAGAGACGGCACAGGGCGAGGAGCCCCAGCAGCAGCAGCCUGGGCAUGGGGAAGGAGCAGUCGCCUUGGUGGAAACUGAAAAGUCGCGAAGAGCUCCCUUGGUCAAGAAACGGAACGAGGCGCCCGCCAUCCCCAAAGGGAAGCCCAAAUCUGGGCGAGUGUGGAAAGACCGUUGCAAGAAGCGGUUUUCCCAGAUGACUCAAGACAAGCCUUUGCGUACUUCCUGGGAACGCAAGAUGAAAGAACGCCAGGAAAAGAAACUAGUCAAAGAUUUUGCCCUGCAUUUGAAGGAAGAAAAACAGAGAGAGCGUGAGGAGAAAAAACAACGAAGGGAGGAGAACUUAAAAAGACGACUGGAGAAUGAGCGGAAAGCAGAGAUUGUGCAAGUGAUUCGGAAUCCAGCAAAACUGAAGAGAGCAAAGAAGAAACAGUUGCGCCGUAUUGAGAAGCGAGAUACACUGGCACUGCUACAGAAACAGCAGGCACAGCGCAAAGCAGCCAAAGAGUGAUGGGAUAGGGAAGUUGAUCUCUUGACUUCCUGGAUGUAUAUGACAAGAUGUUGGCCCUACUGCCAGGGACAUUGGAUGACCAGCUAGCUUCCACCUGGCUUCUCUUGCAACUCUUGCGCUACCUACAUAGGAAUUGAAGGUGCAGCUGAACGCUCCUUAUCUGAAACUUUCUUCUGAUUCUUCCUGAUGUUGGUAAGGUUGAAUGUUGCAGACUGUACCAAUGGGACUUGUUUUUUAAAUUAUUAUCAUAUUUCACAAUGGAGGGCAAAGCCCUAAAGUGAUUGCUUAAGGAUUUGCAUCUUCCAGACUGAAGAAUGUCCUGAUGACUGUGUUACAAUGAACAAGUGAAUAAACUUGUAUUUUUCUUAAA